AUGGAAAACGGCAACGACAAGGGCAGCGGUGCAGGACCAGUUCCUCAUGGAGCCGAUCCUGUAGUGGGUCCGCGAAUAGAAGUUGCCCAGGUAAACCUGCACCACGCGGCGUCAGCCUCGGCGGUUAUCGCGAGCAGGUUUCCGAUCGAUGGGCUGGGCAUACUACUGAUCCAGGAGCCAUGGGUCAGAAAAGGAGAGGUCAGGGGCCUCAAAAUGAAGUCAAACAAGGUAAUUUGGGACCUCUCAAGUGAGAGACCCAGAACCUGCAUAGUACUUAGGAACGAUAUUGAUUAUUUCUGUAUUUCAGAGUUCCUUACACAGGACCUGGUCGCUGUACAAGCCACGAACGACGAAGGAGCGGACUUCGUCGUGGCAGCGGCCUAUUUUCCGGGGGAGACUCCGAUAGCACCCCCAGAGGCAAUCGGCAACCUGGUAGAGCACUGCAGGCGGAAUAAACUGCCCCUCAUCAUGGGCUGCGAUGCGAAUGCUCACCACAUCGAAUGGGGCAGCACGGACUCGCAGAAGAAAGAGCUACGCUCUUCUACUAACGCAUUUCCCGGAGACGAUUCAUGA